UUGUAUUAGAAAAAUGGAAAUGAAGAAAAAUGAUGCUUUCUUUACCAUGAUAAUAGCAUUUGUGAUAAUCUUAAUGUUCUCUACUUUUAAAUCAAUAACUUGUGCUAAUGAUGAUUGUUUCAUUAAUUGUAUGAAGAAAUGUCCAGCAGAAGAUUAUCAGUGUUAUGAUCGUUGUGGAUGGGACUGUCCACAUAAUACUUCUAUUUCGUCUCAUUAUUGCAAUCUUGGAUGCUCAUUUCGCCAUUGUGCACAAUUGUCUAAAGAUGGAAAAGAAUGGCAAGCUUGUACAAACAAUUGUGCCACCAAUAUUUGCAACAUCAAGGCCAAGUGAUUGAUCUUAUAAGCUCAGAA